UGGCAUCUCAGAAACCCGUAGCCCUUGCAGCAUGGCUGACCAACUGACUGAAGAGCAGAUUGCAGAGUUCAGAGAAGCUUUCUCACUAUUUGACAAGGACAGGGAUGGGACAAUAACAACAAAGGAGCUGGGGACAGUGAUGAGGUCCCUGGGGCAGAACCCCACAGAAGUAGAGCUGCAGGACAUGAUCAAUGAAGUAGAUGCGGCUGGUAAUGGCACAAUUGAUUUCCCUGAAUUUCUGACAAUGAUGGCAAGAACAAUGAAAGACACAGACAGUGAAGAAGAAAUCAGAGAAGCAUUCCGUGUGUUUGAUAAGGAGGAUGGCAAUGGCUAUAUUAGUGCAGCAGAGCUUCACCAUGUGAUGACAAACCUUGGAGAGAAGUGAACAGAUGAAGAGGUCGAUGAGAUGAUCAGGGAAGCAGACAUUGAUGGGGAUGGUCAGGUAAACUACGAAGAGUUUGUACAAAUGAUGACAGCAAAGUGAAGACAGUGUACAGAAUGUGUUAAAUUUCUUGUACAAAAUUGUUUAUUUGCCUUUUCUUUGUUUGUAACUUAUCUG